AUGGGAAUUUUGGAUAUUGGAAAAAAUAUUGAUAAUAUUGUUAAUGAAUUUAGAAAAUUAUCAGAAAUAAUUGAACCACCAAUUAUAAAUUCAAAUAAAGCUAUUGAUUUAUAUAAAGAAUUAGCUAUUUCAUCACGUAGAACCGUUGAAUCCACAUUAAAGCCUUAUAAGGAAUUUGGAGAACAGCUACAACUAUACUCUAGCAUUAUAUUGCCUUUAUUAGUUGCUUUUAUAAUUUUAGCAAUAUUAUGUAAACUUAAAGAAAUUUUCACUUCAUCAAACAAAAUUAAAACCAAUUAA